GUGGCCGAGCACCGAAGCCCGCCGGAAAACGCGAGACUAUACGACGGAUAUUCACCGUCUGCAAACGUCUGUCAAUGGUUGGACUGUAGCGCACCAGGAGCAGCAGCAGGGAUGAGGAUCCGGCUGCAGGGUCCUGGCCACGCUGCCAGCCUUCUUACUGAGCUCAACCGCUGCCGCCAAUCACGUCAGUACUGUGAUGUGUUACUGCAGGUUGGAAACCGCACAUUCGCAGCACACCGUGCGGUGCUGGCUUGUGCCGGGACUUACUUCCGGAACCUGUUAGCCCGGGCUCCGGCCUCGUCCACCACCGCCUUCUCUCUGGAGUUUAUCUCCCCAGCCAACUUUGAGAAGGUGCUGACGUUCGUCUACACGGGGGAGAUCCUGACUGAUCUCAUAGACGUUGGGGUGCUGUACGAGCUGGCUGAGAGGCUGGGCAUCAGUGAACUGGUGAGGGCCUGUCACGCCAUCUUCCCUGACCUGCUUGUGUCUGCAAACUGUAAAGCCAGCAGUCCUGCAGACCUCACUCUGGACUCGACCAUGGUUGCUACUGCUUCCACGGUGGCUGUCGCCGGUGCGGCAUCUGUAUCCGCGUCUUCUGUGUGUUCAUCUGCCGCUUCCUGCUCGUCUCUGUCUUCAUCUGCUGCCCCGACUCCUGCUGCUGCUACCUCACCUCUCUUUCAAGCCAGGACAGCCAGGGCUGGGCUUGAAGCUCACACCGGGGCUCUCACUCUGGUCCUGAAGGCAGAAGACGUCCAGUCUAAUAUUGGCUAUGGACAGAUGGCAGCAGAUCAUCAACUACCAGAUGGGCAUCUUUUAACCAGCAGCAGCCACUCCAGUCAGAGUGACGGCGUGCUGCCUCUGGGUCCUGUGCUCCAGCUGAAGACUGAGCAGGGGCUGGAAGAGGAGGAGGCAGGAGGCAGCUGUGAGGAAGCCAACAGAGAUGGGCAAAUGGUUUCCGAGAGCACAGGUGUCUCCCUGCCUCAGAGCAGCGAUCUUGCACCAUCCGACUCCUGCUCCUUCCCUGACUCUUCGGCACAUCUCGGAGCCGAGGCCUGCGCUCCGACGUCCUCCUCGGGAGAGCCUCUCGGUAGCCUGCAGGUCGGACCGGUGGAGGGUGACGUGGUGGACCUACAGCGGGACGGCAGGCUGAUGUUUAGAGAGGUGGAGGAGGGAGAGAAUGAGGAGGAGCGAGAGGCUCUGCAAGGUAACGGAGCAAUGGAGGGAACAGAGGAGGAGCAGUGGAGACACCUGGCAGGUGAGAUCAUCGAGCUGAGCGACGACGAGAACUUCAUGGAGGAGGGAGAUGAAGAGGAUGAUGAAGACGACCUUGUGUGCGUGGAAAACGGAGAGGGAGGGAACUCAAGCAGCCAGGUGUCAAGAGACAUGCUGGCAUGUAAAGCCUGCGCAGUGCCUCUCCCAGCAGACCCUGCUGCCGUCCGCAGACACGCAGAGACCCACCUGACGGAGCUGGGGCUCUGCAGGGUGUGCGGGGCCUCAUUCCCGGACCGCGCUGCUGGUGUCACCCACUCCCUCUCCCACAUUGGGGUGCAGCUCUUCACCUGUGACAUGUGUCACCUGCAGUUCUGCAGCCAAAGCAAAUUGCUGCGUCACCACCGCCAGACGUCCUCCAGUUACACCAUACCACAUGGGGCGCUUACCAACAGCAGCCAAGGCCUGAGCUCCGAGCUGCAGUGUGCUGCGUGCACCAAGACCCUCAGCAAGGACUUCCAGACCGUCAAAGACCACCUGCUGAGCCACGUGUGUCCUCAGAGUCUGAGCUGUGGACUGUGUCACCUCCCUCAGCUCUCCCUGUGCUCCCUGCUGUGGCACGCCCUCGCACACCUCUCUCUGCCCGUCUUCACCUGCCCGCACUGCGCCCGCUGCUUCGUAGAGCGCCCCCUCCUGGACAGACAUAUGGCUGUACACGCUGAGGAGGCGACGGCUAAGGAGAGGGAGCGGUCGGCGCUGAGGGCGUACAGAGUCGGGGCAGAUGGGGUCGGGGUCGGGGGUUUGGCAGGAGUGGAGGAGCUGCAUUGCUUCCUUUGCCCACAGACCUUCCGCUCCUCAUCCGCAUUUCAGUACCACCUCAGCCUGCACACCAACGAGUCCCUGGGGGGCGGAGGAGGUGUUGGGGGCCAGGGCUGGUUAGGCAAACGUAAAGCUGACCAGUCUCUGGAGUGCCCUCCAUCUUCCUGCUCCUCCUCCUCUCCACGGGAGGUCAGUGGUCUCGUUAAAAUGAGCAACCUGGGUUUGGGCCUGGGAAUGGGCUUCAGCAUACCAGAUAAGUUUUUUCAGGGGCCAGCACACAGCCUGUCCUCUGGGGUCAUGACCAACGGGAGCUCAGGGCAGGACGGGGGAGCCGGAGCAGCAGGGGUCCGUGGGAAAUGGUACCGUUGUCGCUACUGCGGUAAACGUUUCGCCCACUCUGGGGAGUUCACCUAUCACCUGCGCAUCCACACCGGGGAGAAACCCUACCAGUGCAAAGUGUGUCUGCGUUUCUUCAGAGGCCGCUCCACCAUGAUCUGCCACCUUAAGACGCACGCCGGCGCCCUCAUGUACCGCUGCACCGUCUGCGGCCUUUACUUCUCCACGCUGAAGCUGGUGUCGUCGCACAUGGAGCUCCACAAGGACCACCUGCCGCCGGACUUCAACAUCGAGCAGACCUUCAUGUACAAUGAUCACUCGAAAGAGCCGCUGCCCACUGUGGACACCUGAUCGACCCUGUGUCGGCCCGGUGCAGCUCUCCUCGUCCCUUUACCCUCAGUCUGACACCAGCUGUGUGUCUGGUUGUUAUGGACCAUAUACUGCAUAUAAUAGACUAGGGCUGCAACUAACGAUUACUUUCAUUAUUGAUAAAUUGUCUAGUCAAUAACUU